AUGGACGACGAGGAUGGGGAUGCAGACGCGGAUGAAGGCGAGGAGGAUGACGAGGCGGAUGAGGAUGAUGAGGAGGACGACGAUGACGACGAUGAUGACGACGAGGACGAAGAUGACGACGACGAUGACGAUGACGCUUCGGACACCUCGGAAGGCUCGGACCCCUCUGAAGGCGGAAUGGAUAUCGACACGCCCGCACCUCGCUCCAAUUCGCCAACGUCUUACCUGCGCAAAACACAAGCCCGUCUUGCUGCGAGUCACCCCUCGCACACGUCCCUCCACGCCAAAUCGUACGCCAUCGAACCGCUCGCCGCCCUUCCCCACUCGGCGCACGUCCACGCCAUGGCCCUCUCCGGUGACGGGUCCGUCCUCCUCACGGGCGGGUCAGACGGCCACGUGAGGCGAUACGAUGUGUACGGGACAAUGAAUGGGCGGAACAUGCUCACGCUGGGUGUGAGGCAUGCGUACGUCGAGGGCAUCACGCGAGGUGGGGUGUUACAUUCGUGGUGGGGAAACGAGGAGAGGAAUGCGGACGAUGACGAUGAAGAGCAUCGUCCAGUAAGCGCUGUCCACUCCCUCGCCAUCCAGCGCGACGCUCUCUGGUCGCUGAGCGGGACAGCCUCUGGCGCCAUCAAUCUUACGACUCUCCGUCACGAGCCUGGAGUUACGCAGCACGUCUUGCGCAAACAUCGUGGGCCCGUAUCUGCACUUGCGCUUGGCGGAGAGGCGGAAAGCGAGCUGGUGAGCGGUGGGUGGGACGGUGGGUUGCAUCAGUGGGAUCUGAAUACUGGGCAGGUGGUGCGCAGCUACGCCGGGUGUGCGGGGCAGGUUUCGGGAGUGGCAUUCAGGCCUGCUUGGGACUACUCGACCUUUAGCCAGGACGUCUUCAUGGCCACGACGCUCAGCGGGCAGGUGAUGCUGUACGAUCGUCGCGUCCCCACGCCCGGCGAGCCCUCGCCCUCACGAGGCGUCCUCGCGCUCCCUCUACCCGCUCGCACCCCACCGUGGUGCUCUGCAGCAAUCUGGGCUCCUGACGGGGAUCGCAUCUACGUUGCUCGACGCAACGAGACGGUAGAGGAGUGGGACGCGCGACUUCUGCGCGGCGGCGACGAAGUGGAUCGCUCCCUCCCCUGGUCGGGGCAACGACGAUCCUCCCCGCUCCAUACGAGGACGCUACGCUUGCCUACCUCCUCGGGACCGGUGACCGCACUGCGUUUCAUGCCGAAUGGGCGACACCUGGUUUGUGCGAGUACGGAUAAUGUGAGGUUGUGGGAUUUGGACAAGACGCCGGGCGAGAGUAGUGGCGGCGGCGGCGGCGGCGGCGCGGGUGGAAUUCCGUUUCGCAUCGUAGCGGGUCACCAUGGUGGGGCGAUUAGCUCCUUGUUGGUAGACCCGACGGGCCGUUUCUUGUUGAGCGCGAGCGGGGAUAGGGGGUGGGAGGGGGGAUCGACCGAAUGCGUGCUGGUGGGCGAGAUUAGCGCGCACGCCUAG